CUUGCGGACACCUUGAGUUAGUAAGUUGUCUCGCAGUUUCAGUCAGGUUGGUGUUUUUAAUGUUGUUUUCAGGCUCACUUUGGGGGUAAGGGGGUUUUAGUAAACCAAAGCCGAUCGCCGACGGGCAAGAACCUGGAAAUUUGUAUUAUUAAUGAACACGGACUGAUGAAAACGCAGCAAGAGCGACAGAAAGGGUGUGCACACCCCCACAGAUCUGACAAGACGGCGAACAGCAUUCAUUUAAUUGUAAAACAUUAAAGAAAGACUUUCUAAUCAGCGACAUCGGAUUUCUUUGCAAAUCACCUGCUCAUCUGAAUUUUACAUCGUUGGUUUUUCAUUUUGUUUUGUUUUUUACCGCGGUAACAAACAGGAGACAUCUACGUUACCUAUUUAUCGCAGUGUAUGUGGUUUAGAUCGCUUGUUCUGAAUCUUGGGACACUUGUUGAAAUGUCAGAACGUAAGCUCUGCUGAAGUGUAAACAGACCGGGCAGAAAACCGACCACGUCUCUGUUCUGGACCAAUAACUACGAAUCCGAAAAACCUUGUUUUUAGCAAACGGAGGAGUGUUUCGCCUAGCUAGCUUACGACAAGCUAGCUAGCAAACUAACUACGACUAACCCUAGUCGCCGUUGGAUAUUGUUCUGUGGAAUAGCAAGCCCUCUGCAUAUUGAUGGGAAGGAUUUUCUUACACGGUGGAUUUGCAAUUUUGCUUGUGGAUUCUUCUUUUUACAUCAAGGAACUCCUUCAAUCAGUUCACCAACUUAUGCAUUUUCCCAUGUCCAGAAUUUAGCUACAUAACGUUUGUUGUGACAUCGUAAUCUGAAUGUACAGCUAACGUUCGCGUACACAUUUCACUUUAUAAACCCUUUAAACAAAUUAUUUACAUUGCAGCUGACAAACCAGAAUUUAGUUUAAAACUCAAAGGGAUGUGACUAGCUAAUUAUUUAUGGGAGAUAUUAUUUUUGGUUGCAGGACAGCUGCCUGCAAUAUAAGAGCAAAUUUAUGAUUCUAAGAUGAAGGAAAUGGUUCAUCAAAUACAGAUAGAGAGUUAGCCAGUUUGCUGGCUAAACUGGUAUUCAAGCACGUUGACUUUGAGCACUUUUUAAUUUUUUCUAAGUUGGCUGAAAAUGGUGACACAACUCUGAACGUCCGUGUUAUAUUCAGAAAUAGUGAAAGAGCUUGCAAGCUAACAGAAUUUGCAUUAAUUACACAAAAAACUACCAAAUAUAUAUGUUAUAUUUUCGUUUACAAAUAUUUGUUAGCUGGUAGCCAGCUAGCCAAGUUACCAAACACCGUUAUUGUACUUUAGACUUGAUGGACUCGCAAAAAGAAAAAAGAAGAAGAAUGGAUUAAGAAAACAUUAUUGGUGUUUCCCUGUAACUUGGAAUCAUUGCAUUAAAUAAACUUGUGAAACUGUGCGGCCCUCACAAUGUCGGGAUCCCCGGGCUCCGGUGGUUCCAACCCAAGAAAAUUCAGCGAAAAGAUCGCGCUGCACAAUCAAAAACAGGCCGAGGAGACGCGGGCCUUCGAACAGCUUAUGACAGACCUCACCGUUUCUAGGGUUCAGUUCCAGAAGAUCCAGCAGCUACGCUUGAGUCAGACCCGGGCGCAGUACUAUGGUGGUUCGCUGCCCAACGUCAACCAGAUCGGAAACACCACCGCGGAAUUCCAGGGCGUGUUCCCCACUGGUCUGGACACGGUGCGAGGGACCCGCCACCACGGCUUGGUGGAGAGGGUCCACCGCGACCGCAACCGCAUCAAUUCUCCGCAUCGCAGGCCCGUGGACAAGCACGGCAGGCAGGUGGAAAGCUCUCCCUAUGGAACGGUGUACCUGUCUCCUCCCCCAGACAACAGCUGGAGAAGGGAGCAGCAGCCGUGGAGCGAAGAGAAACGGCCGGGAUAUAGAUUAAUAUCACAGCUCAACAGGACGAACUCUGACUCCGCCCUCCACACGAGCGCCAUGAGCCCCAAUCAGCAGGAUGCCUUCGGAAUGAACCAGCAGAUGGGCAGAGGGCCCCCACAGCGCAACGCAGCCAGCGUGAACGAGGUGGAGGUGGACGGCUCAGGAGACGUCUUCUCCUUCCCUGCCCUGCCAAAUGACGAGGCCCUGAUUGGGGUCAGUAAGCCACUGCCCAAGCAGCUGUGGGAGGCCAAGAAGGUUCAGUCUCUCUCCUCGCGCCCCAAAUCCUGUGAAGUGCCUGGAAUCAACAUAUUUCCUUCCCCGGAGCCCAACGUCGGGCUUUCCCACUACCAGGGGACGUUAAACACGGGCGGGUCACUGCCCGACCUCAGCAACCUGCAUUUCCCCUCGCCCCUGCCCACGCCCUUGGACCCCGACGAUGGGGGGUACCCCAACCUGAGCGGGGGGAGCAGCACCGGGAACCUGCCCGCGGCCAUGAUGCACCUGGGAAUCGGGAACUCGCAGGGUCUCUCCUCCUCUCUGAGCAACCCCUCCAUCCAGGCGUCCCUCAACAACUCCCAGCUGCACUCGUCUCUCAGUAACCCCUCCAUCCACUCGUCCCUGCGGCUGGCCUCCAUGUCCAACCCCCCGCCGGGGGCCCUCAGCAACUCGCCCCGGAGGCGGCCGACGCCCAUCAGCCCCCUGACGCUGUCCCCCGGGGCCGAGCAGCGGCGGGGCCUGGGCAAGCAGCUGUCCCCCACCAUGUCCCCCUCCCUGUCCCCCAUCACCCAGGGGGUCGCCUUGGACACCAGCAGCCUGCCUAUGGAGCCGCCCCCUCCCUACCCCCUCUACCAGCAGUCCCAGCAGCCCAUGCAGCAGCAGCAGGGCCACCCGGGCAUGCAACACAGUUCCCAGCACUCUGCGGGGCAGGGCCAGGGGCAGCAGCAUCAGCAGCAUCAGCAGCAGCCGCUGUCGCCGCUGCAGAACCUGCAUCUGGAUUUCAACUCCAGCGGGAACAACAUGGGGGCGUUCUUCGGCGAUCCUUUCAUGGACCCGCAGUUUUCCAAUCGGCAGUCUAAGUCCCUGUCCUAUCAGCUGGACCAGUUCAGCAUGUUUGAGAAUGCCAUGAGCUCAGGGGCCGGCGGAACCUGCUUCGACCCCGCCUCCAACCUCUACUACUCCCAGGCGGCGCUGAUGGGCCUGGGGGGUAGCCAUGGCAACCUGCAAGACUCGCUGCAGAUGAGGCAGAACAUGCUCUACUCAAACUGUGGGGGCGGAGUGCCCAACAUCAUCCUGACAGAUGACUCAAACCCCAGCCUGUCCAAGGACAUCAGCAGCGCCCUGUCGGCCGUGCCGGAGUGCUUCGACUCGGAGGGGGGCUUCCCCCUGGAGGACGAGCUGCGCAUCGAGCCCCUCAGCCUGGACGGCCUCAGCAUGCUGAGCGACCCUGACAUGGUGCUGCCCGACCCCUCGGUGGAGGACAGCUUCCGCAGCGACAGACUGUAGAGAGGGGGGAGACCAGGUGUCUCCCAACCCCCCCCCCCCCGCCCCCCUUCCCC